AUGGUUUUGCUUAGAAACGCCAGCCGUCGCUCCCGUGCUCCAAGACCAAUUUCCAAUGUUUUCACGAUGUUCACACAGGAACAGAUUCAAGAGUUCAAGGAGGCAUUCAACAUGAUUGAUCAGAAUCGUGACGGACUAAUCGACCAAAACGAUUUGAAGGACAUUUUCGCUUCCCUGGGCAAAGAUGUUUCGGAGGAGAUCAUCAACUCCAUGAUCAACGAAGGUCACAACAACCAACCUAUCAACUUUACAAUGUUCUUGACUCUUUUCGGUGAGAAAAUGAUGGGAACCGACCCAGAAGACGUCAUUCUCGACGCCUUCAAAUGCUUCGACGAACAUGGAUCAGGCAAGCUGGAUGUUCACCAAUUCAAGGAGGUACUCAUGACAAUGGGAGACAAAAUGUCUAAGGAGGAAGUGGAGGAACUCCUUAGAGAUGUUCCUAUUAAGAAAGGAAAAAUCGACUACGUCCAGUUUUCCCAGAUGCUCAAACAUGGAGAGUAG